AUGGCCAGCCUUCAUUUCGACCGUCGCGCCGAGGAUGAACCCGUCUCGAAACUGACGGUGGCAGUCAUCCUGACGCUCAUCUUCGCCCUCCUCACCAUUUCGCACAUUGUGGCGACCGUCAUGACUCGCACGGCUUUCGGCAUCUGCAUGUUGCUUGGAGGACUUUUUGAUACGGUAGGACUUAUUGCCCAAAGCUGCUCUGAUGACUACAUUAAAGGCGAUAUGGCAACGAAGCUCGGACAAGUCUUCCCUUUCCUCGCACCUGUCCUAUUCGCGGCAGGCAAUCACCUCUUCUUCGUUCGCUACCUCCGCAAGACCGCGCUCCACGGAUACGCCUGCGUCCCACCCGACUUUGUUAUUGUGGUCACCGGCGGUUGCGAUAUUCUCUACUUCAUCAUCCAAGCUGUCGGUGUUGGUAAACUCGCCAAUGCGGUUACACCUGCUGCAUUUGACACCGCAAGAAUCAUUAUUCUGACAGGCCUCGGUCUCCAGAUUGUCUGCGAUGGCUUUUUCAUCAUUGCAUCCGUCAUCUUCCACUCCCGCGUGUCCUCCUUCUACAGUUUGAACAACACGUUCCCACAUACACGGGCUCAGAUGUGGGGUGUUCAUCUGUGCAGCUUCAUCAUCAUGGUGCGGACUAUCGCUCGAGUGCUGGAAGCCGCGUUCAGCAAUUCGAAUGUGCACAUUCUGGAUAUCUUUCUGAUGAGUCUUGUCCUGUUUCUCACUCUGACUUGGUAUCCCAAGUUCGGAUUUUGCAGCAGACGGCGGGCGAAUAAUGAUUUCCAAUUUCCCCUGGCGAAUUUCCAAGCGGGUUGA